GAAUGAACACCACAGAAGCGUUUCUGCUGGAAGCAACUGGAAAGAGCCAGCGGCUUACUCUCUGCGCAGAAAACUGUAUGGUGUUGUGGAUGAUUUGCGUGUAUGAGUUGCUCGUUUCGUCUGCCAGUUUCACGAUGCCGCCGCGCAUGCAUUUGAGUUGGACGAGUCUUCAAGAUCGAUGUCGGCGUCGAGGAUCUCAAGCCCUAGCAAGGAUGGGUCUCGCCUCGGUUUCUUUUCUCCUAUUACAAAACCAAAGGACUGCCAGGUGUCUAAAUCAACAAGAUGAGUAACCGCGUUAUGUUUUGUGCACAACGCUGCAUUGACGCCGGUGGAAAAGUCCACUUGAUGUUGCGGAGGCCAGCUGUCUCCCCAGCCUUCUUCAUCUUGUCUUGUUCCUGUCAGAGUCUUCUGUGAACCCCCAGUAGGAUAAUCGAGCGCUUUGGACCCCCAGAAAAGCUCUCCGUGCUUGGUUUAGCUACACGACGUACUUGAAGAAUGUUGAGUGGGCAGGGAAAUGGAGAGGAGGGCAUGUUUUAGGCACAGCUCUUUUUGGGGACUGGCGCCCGAGUUGAGGGUCCCUGAGGUCUUCACAUCGACGUGGAUUAUCGAAUCUGCUUCUCCCCCGACAAGGAGCUGGAAACGCGUUUUUCCUCAACAAGACUCUGUCAUGGUCAGAUUGUAGUGCGGUCACCCUCUGCGUGUCUCCGUCCUGGGAAGAGCGAAGCAUGACCAGGCGCCUGGCGAAGACUCCCCUCCGUUGCUCUGAUUACCCCCGAAUCGGUUCAGCAACUGAAAGCCUGAUUUUUAGCUACUGGUGAGGUGACUUUUAUUCAUGAGAUACCGCACUGACGUUCGUUUAUUGCCGGUAGAAAUGGGGGAAACUCAGUUGACAAGCACGGUGAAACAAAUGAAGGCCGCAUUCAGGCGCAGAGAGAGCAGCUCCUGCUCUGCGUGCUUCCGCCGCACAUUCUGGCAACUCCAAGGUCGAUUCUUUUCAAGUAAGAGUGAUCAGCGACUUCAUACUGUCGUGACACCCCGCAAGGUGAGAAAGGCCGAGGGCGUGGACGUUUCAAGCGACAAGAAUAACCUUGCUGACAUGACCACAGGCGUUGCCGGUCCGUUCAGCCCAGUGGGCGCUUCGCGCUCCUUUCUAUUGAGAUCUUCGUCUCCCCAGUGCAGCGAAACCUCGUCGACGCCUUCUCCGUCUAGAUUUGGGUCACUACCUCUCCACAGACGGGGCGCGUCCGAACGCUGUUCCUCCAGUAGGCAUUUGAUCGGGGAACCUUUUUCUUCCUCGUUGUCUUCUCGGUCGCCCUGUUGUCCCCCAUCAUGCCUGUCUGCGACUCCCUUGCUGUGCGCGCCUAGUGCUCUGUCUUUCUGUCUCUCUCGUUGUUUCUCUUCUCUGGCGGCUCCUCGCUUGCCUGCUGCGUUGCCUGCACCUCGCGCUGGGUCACCAGACACAGGCUCCGGUCUCCGUCGUCUCGGCGUCCGACUUUUCCAGUUUUCCUCUGCGUCUGCUGCGUCUGCUCGCGUCCGCGACGUCCGCUGGACGCCUACUCAAACUGUCUGUGCUUCAUCCUCUCGAGCGUCGUCUCCUGACCACGGGGCCUGGCUGCUAUCGCGACCCAAAGGUUGGUGGUUGUUCAACAGCGAGAACUUGUCUUGCUGUUAUCCUUUUGACAUGCCGCUGAGAUUCCUCUCCUCCGUACCUCGCGUGAAUCCCUCGAGCCUCCCAGGCGACUGCCACGAAGAGCGCGUUUCCGAAAAAGAAUCCGAAAAAGAAUCCGAAAAAGAAUCCGAAGAACGAAUCCCUGAAGAACAUCUAGCGCCCGCGCCGCCCCACCGAGCAGAUCAGUGUUCACAUGACAGCGACGCCUUUCCGGUGUAUAGGCAAUCCGCCAGUGGACCCGGGGAAAGCUCUGAAGAAGCGGAAGAGACGCUGAGAACAGCAGAACUCGCUUCUGAAGAACCUCGACCACGCCCUCCCCGUCGUCGUCUAGUUAAUGUUGUAAACAGAGUUCAGACCAACGACGUAUUGAAUGGACUGGAGGUCACUGGUUUCGAUUGGGAAGGCCGCGGCGUCGUGAGGCUGUUCGUGCGUGCCUGGAGUCAGACUUUUUCGUUUAAUUUUUUUCGUGCUCUCCCAGGGGAGAGACUGACUCUUCGUGUGGAUCGGACGAAGUCCCGAGAAGGUCGAAAACUCACCGUGUCGCCCCUUGGCACCUGCAAGCCUUCUGAAGAUGAACGACAUCCUCCUUGUCGACAUUUUGACCGGCACUGCGGCGGCUGCAGUUUCCUUCAUCUUAACUACAAAGCUCAGUUGCGAGCGAAAAUGGCGCUGUUGGCGUCAGCUGCUUCGAAAGAAACUGUUGCUGACUCCCAGCUGCAAGGCGUGCUGCGGCCCAUCGUGCCGUCACCGAAUGAUCUGAUGUACAGAAAUCGAUCUGACUUCUUGUUUCUUCUGAGGAACGGCCCCCAACUUGGUCACUUUCGCUUUGAUUCGCCGCAGGUCGUCGACAUUCCACAGUGUCCGAAACUGGUGCCUGCGGCGCGGCGCGUCUAUAAGGCCCUCCGAGAGCGGCUGCUUCCUCUGCUUCAAGCGAACAGAGAAAUCACAAUUUUCGAUCGUCUCUCAGGCCUUGGACUCCUCAAGGGGCUCACGAUUCGGUCUGCUGUCGACCGUGAGGGCGUCGAGCGUGUCCUCUUGGGAUUUGAAUGCUCGCAAACCGUCACAGGUCUCGAACCUCUUUUGCGUCUUUCUCACAGUCUUUUAGAGGACUGUGGUCCUGCUCUGGCAGGCGUUGUGGCAGUGCCCAUGACCAGUCCAGGACGAGAGCCUUCCGAGGCAGACCAGGUGGUGCUGGCAGGCGCCGAACACAUCGUUCAGAGCUUGGGCGAUCUCGGAGAUAUUCAGAUUUCAGUCAGGACCUCUUUUCCAACGAACGCGCUGCUGCUCGAAAGAUUCUGCAGCGAGGUUCUGGCGGCAGCGGCUCUUCAGCCUCACCACGUCGUAUGGGACUUCUUCUCAGGUUGUGGUCUCUUUUCUCUCCUCCUUGGGAGACGGUGCAGAAAGGUGUUUGCGUUCGACAACCGAGCGGCGAACCUCGUUGAAUUGGAGAAUAAUCUAUCCCGCAAUGGAGUCGAGAAUGUCGAUGGCUAUUUAGCAGACCUCUCAUCUCGGUUUACCUUCAGAGCCCUGUCGAAGCGCAUCCCGUCCCAGUCUGAUGUGGGCGAGUGUCACGAAGAGGGAAACCUUUCAGACAGUGAGAUCUCGGCGACCUGCCAGGGGGUGGGGGCUUUUCCGCAACGUGUCCCCGGACUGUACGACGAGAAGGAGGAGACCCGACGGCGCCAGCAGCAUCUGAACCGCGUCGCUCGCGAAGCUCUGAAACUCCUUGAAAACGAAGGACUUCAGUCUCCAGAUGAAGAAAGAGGACACAAUUCUGCAGACGUUUCUGUUCGGCAUUCCGCGAGAAGAGCUCUGCACGAAGAUAUGUCCAACCAAGGACGAGGAAAAGAGAUGGAGCAACGAGACCACGUCGACGAAGACAACGAUAAAGUUGAGUUCGACGGCCUGGAACCGCCAGAUGUCCUGGUUCUGCAACCACCUCGGCUUGGAUGUGACAAGGCACUGAGGAGGUGGCUACGUCGCACCACCAUUCCUCGAAUUGUAUACGUAUCACGCCAUCCGCCGUGCAUGUUUCGAGACAUUGGAGCUUUAACCUAUCUUGGGUAUCGACUCGACGCGGUUCAGCCUAUUGAUAUGUUCCCGCAUUCAGCGCUUGUCAUGUGCGUCGCUUCCCUGACGUACGUGGGUCGGCCGAGAAAUUUGCUUCCAGAACUCGGAGACUCCUGAACCCGGUGCACUGUGUCGUAGUUCGUUUGCGCAGAGUCCACUAACCGCCAUAUCAGUACCAAAAAAGCUCUACACAAGCAGAAUGCAGUUCCUGAAAAUGAGAGGCAGACGUGGAGAAGUCAUGCAAUGUAAAUCCAGGCAUCGAGCCACAACGGACACUUCAGCGAAAAUAUGGUGUGAGUCUACACUCUGAUUCACGCCGGGACGAUUCGCCUGUCGCCCGCCUUUUAGGCUUGCCCAGAAAAACUGUAUGGUGUGUUCGCGGUAUGUAGAACACACGGCAUCGAUGUUCGGAUACGUGUAUGCGCUAAAGAAACGAGAUUACAAAACUGACAGCCAAAGCGCGAUCAAACGACGCGUACAGGGCUUCGAACCAUGUAGUGCUGGUGCUACCGUGCCAAGUACACGACAACUGCAUAAGAUACCAAAAGCGACGGUAUAAAGGCGUACUGGAAGAAGUCGGAAUUAAGACCACAAAAAAUGGCAAUCUGGCUGUAGAUGUACCAGGAAUCGACCAGGAGGUCGAUUUCAAGUAGCAAAACAUGCGUAUGUGAGAGUGCGCAUUUUCUCACGAUAACGUGCAUCGGCAACAAUCUGGAUGGUACGCAAAUUGCUAUGGGAUGUGUAGUUAAAUAUCAGAGAGAGUAAGAAAACUGGGACGUAGAGAAGGUACUUGGAGGGACGCAUCAGUUUGCAAAGUUGCUAGUGGGGGGUGCCGCAACCUGCGAAAAAGGCGCAGCAUCGGUGGCUGAUGUAGAGGGAUCACAAUCGAAGAAUCUUUAAUGUGACAGCAGGUUACUGGUACUGUUUUUUGGACACGGGUGACAACUCGUUGGAAACGGGAGGUUUACCUGCUGCUUGAUUAUUUCUUUGGCAGCAUGCGUUGAGGUAUUCGGUAACGUCUCCGUUCAGGACUACCCUGGUGUGUCUUGUGUGUGUUGGCGUGUGUCGUAAAGAUAGCUGAGGGUAGUCCUUUCAAGAAAAACUCUUCUGAAAGUUCUUCCUUUUGCUAGCGCCUGAUUCGUCUAAGCGAUGAGUCACACUAAAUCUACACGCCAGACGUCGCCAUACAUCCGGGAAAACCUUUCGUUUUGACAGACCGUAACUUCCAAAAAGGUACACUGGG